AUAAAUCCUUGGGUAAAGGUUCAAGGAUAGCCUUUGAAAUCCUUGGGGGAGCGGUAGAAGAUAGCCGUUAAAUCUUCAUUGUAAACGGUUCGAGAUAGCCGUGGUGAAAUCUCGGAGUGAAUCCUAUUGGCAAGGGUUGUUUGCCAAACUAGUGCGGUGCUUUGACGGAGUUCAAGAGGCCGGAACUUAGUGGAUUCGGAAAUCCUUGAGGAGGAGCCUCGAGAAAAAGUUUACAUUGCACACGUUUACAUAUUUUUUUGGUGAAAGUUGCAUUUGCAAUAUGUCAAUGUUAAUACAUGACUGAUUUUGUUCGCAAUAUGUGGAGUUUACUGGAUGGUCUUGCACACUUGAUUGAUUUCGGUCGAGUUAGUGUUCUCAACAACGUUGAUUGUGGUGUAGAAGGCGUUUACUCUAGACCUGAUAGUGAGCGAAAAUAUUUGUGCAAGCUAGCGAGGGUGAAUAAAAGGGAUCCAGUGUAUAAGAUUGGAGUCCUGAUAUUCCAUUUGAUUACUGAUCGACAUCUUGCGCUAGGUCAGGUAUUAAGAGCUGGAAAAGGAAAUCACGAUUGGAAUAACCAUUUUGAUGUAGUUCGGGCCGGAGUUGACCUUAAUGAGGUACAAGCAAACAACCUCAUCAACUUGGAUCUCGACUGCAUCUUUGCAGCUGAUACAAGUGAUGAUCCGAUUUCUUUGGAGGCUGUUAUUCAUAGGCUGAAUGAGUUACCAGAGUAGCAUUUAUUGUAGUUGACCCUAAACUUGCAUCAUACAGAGUUGGGAAAGCCUAGUAUGCUGUGAUUCAAUUUGCGCAAACAGUUUUUCAUCGUGAGCGUGGUAAGAUGAUUUGAAGACUUUUGAGGAAAGUGAUACUCUAAAUCAAAAGAUAGUGGUUAGCUUCAGUUGCACUAACCAGCAUGGGUACAUGCUACUUUAAAUUUGGUACCAUCUGCUUGUAGCUCUAAUGUUAGAGUUUAUUUUAGGUAUUCGUCCAUGGCUUAAUUUCUUUUCAGAAUUGCUUAUAAAUGUAUUACGGAGUA